CUCUUCGCGAAGUGAUUUCGAACAAACUCGUCGUCGUCGCUGGUGGUGCUGCUCCUCCUCCUUCAAAGAGGUUGACCCGUGGUCCGUCCGUCGCGAAAUUCCGGAACGUGACUCAAUUCGCGAUUUAGCAGCUGCGAUUUCCGUUGGGUCUUUUCUCCGUCCGGGUGUUGUUCCGGAUUCAGCCGCCCCCUUUAUUAUUUUUUCUCUUCGCGAGUGGUGUGACUAAUCGGUGGCCCCCCGACCAGGCCCCAGACCAGUGUGAGGGUGUGCGUUUGUGUGUGGAAAUUGGAGCACCGCCGAGGGAAAAGAAGAAAAUAGAAAAUGUUCAGUUUUUUGAAACGGGAAACGAAACAGGAGGAGGUCGUGGAGAAUGUGCUCGGGGAGCUCAAGAAGAUCUACCGGAGCAAGUUGUUGCCGCUGGAGGAGCACUACAACUUCCAUGACUUCCACUCGCCCAAGUUGGAGGAUCCGGACUUUGACGCGAAGCCGAUGAUUCUGCUGGUGGGCCAGUAUUCGACGGGCAAGACGACCUUUAUCCGGUACUUGUUGGAGCGGGACUUCCCGGGUAUCCGGAUUGGGCCGGAGCCGACGACGGAUCGGUUCAUUGCGGUCAUGUACGACGACAAGGAGGGAAUCAUUCCGGGCAAUGCGUUGGUCGUGGAUCCGAAGAAGCAGUUCCGGCCGUUGGGCAAGUACGGCAAUGCUUUUUUGAAUCGGUUCCAGUGCUCGCACGUUCCGUCGCCGGUGCUGCGUGCCAUCUCGAUCGUGGACACGCCCGGAAUUUUGUCGGGUGAGAAGCAGCGCGUUGACCGUGGUUACGAUUUCACCGGAGUGCUCGAAUGGUUCGCGGAACGUGUCGAUCGAAUCAUCCUGCUGUUUGACGCCCACAAGCUGGACAUUUCCGACGAGUUCCGGCGAUCGAUCGAAGCGCUGCGCGGACACGACGACAAGAUUCGGAUCGUGCUGAACAAGGCGGACAUGAUUGACCACCAGCAGCUGAUGCGUGUCUACGGUGCGCUCAUGUGGUCACUCGGUAAGGUUCUGCAGACUCCGGAAGUGGCCCGCGUCUACAUCGGUUCGUUCUGGGAUCAACCGCUGCGCUACGACGUCAAUCGACGACUCUUUGAAGACGAAGAGCAGGAUCUGUUCCGUGACUUGCAGUCCCUGCCGCGGAACGCCGCCCUCCGCAAGCUGAACGACCUCAUCAAGCGAGCCCGGCUGGCCAAGGUUCACGCCUUCAUCAUCAACGAACUGCGCAAGGACAUGCCCUCGGUCUUUGGCAAGGACAGCAAAAAGAAAGAUCUCAUCAAGAACCUGGGCCAGGUGUACGACCGCAUCCAGAAGGAGCACCAGAUUUCCCCCGGCGACUUCCCCGACAUCAAAAAGAUGCAGGAAGUGCUCGCCAACCAGGACUUUAGCAAGUUCCACUCGCUCAAAAUUCCCCUGCUGGAGGUGGUCGACCGGAUGCUCGCAACGGACAUUGCCCGCCUCAUGAGCAUGAUCCCGCAGGAGGAGAUGACCAUGGUGUCGGAGCCGCUCAUCAAGGGCCAAAAUCACAACAAUGUCGAUCCGCCACCACCAGUGUUCCUGGGGCAUAUUUGUGGCGCCUUUGAUGGCGUUGAGGACGUCGUGUCGCCGUUCGGUUACCGCAAGGGCGAAGGAAUCGACGCCGGGUACGGCGAGGUCGACUGGAUCUGCAACCGCGACCGGGAGCGCACCGAUCCGAUCUUCGAGGGGUUGAAGCCGAUCGACGGGAAGAUUUCCGGCGCUGCGGCCAAAUCCGAGCUGAUCAAGUCCAAGCUGCCGAACAACGUGCUGAGCAAGAUCUGGAAGCUGUCGGACUACGACCAGGACGGCUUCCUGGACGUGGAGGAGUUUGCGCUCGCGAUGCACCUCAUCAACGUCAAGAUGGACGGCAACGAGCUGCCGAUCACGCUGCCGGCCCAUCUCGUGCCGCCGUCCAAGCGGAACGGCGUGGCGGAAUAAGGAACUCUCAGGUAAUGCUCCUCCUUCUCGAUUUCAGUAGCGGAGAGUUACGAGACAAUUUAACAGUUUUUGAUGAUGCACCAAAUUUCGUUUUUGACGACGACGACUUUCGACCAUUAAUUCGUACACACAUAUUUAUGAUAAUUGUGGCUUUUUGAAAUUCAACUGUUGAAGAGCUAAACGCAAAACAACCACAAAUACGUCUUAUUACGCAAUUUAUAUAACUUAUUUAUGUAUGCCUUUAUAGUGAGAGAGAAAGAGAGAGAGAGAAACAACACAAAUAGCGUCACUUAUACAUAAAUUAUUAUAAAGUUUUGUUUUUUCCCUCAAUUUUUCUUUUUUUUUUUUGUUAUUUGUAUUAGUUUUAUCGCGCUGCUCCGCUGCAAUAGUAAGGUCAAUUUACACUGCUGCGCCAAUUGUGACUAGAACAAUAUACACAAACAACAACUAGCCACUAUUUUUGAUAACGAUCCAUCAAACUGUUAUUACUUUUGUUCAGCUAGGUUUAGUGUAAAACGAGAGAAUUGCAAUACACACCCAACCAACAUAGACGGUAUUGUUUCAAUUUAUUCAUCACAUUUUUUUAGUUUAUUAUAUUAUUCUGCACACUUUGGAUAUUUUACCGAAUUCGAUCAAUUUUACCGAGUUUGGAACUGCUAAAGAGUUCGGCAAACUUAAAAUUACCGAAAUCUGUCAAAUUUUACCGAACUUCGGUAAAAUUUACUUGAUUUGACAGAUGAUUUACCGAUUACCCAAAAACUGAUUUCGGUAAAAACAAACCUUCUUGUCUGGCUUGCGUUAUCAAGGGCAAAAGAAUCCGCACCCUCACACAUCAUUCACAAAAUCGCAAAAACGUCGGAUAGACAGUGCAGCAGCAUCAGCAUCACACAAAAAAGAGUAAACAAAUCAUCAAACUAAUUACUCCCGCGCGGCUUUGAGCAUCAAUUAGAAGUGAAGCAUGUCAGCAAUCAUCGGAAAGCAAAAAGCACGCAGAGAAAAAUGUUUUUGCUGAUUUUGCGGAAAAUUGCUGUUGCGUGCGUGUGUUGAGGGAGAGAAAAAGAAAACGAAGUGAUUAUGAGUUAUAGACGUGGACAAGUGCUAAUAGUUGAAAUAUUGAAAAAGGGAAAAGCGAGAAAAUCAAAUGCAAUGCAAUGAGUAAUGUUGAUGAAUGAAAGUGUUUCUCCCCCUCCAAGAAAGGUGAGAGUGCUGAGUAAAAAUCACGUAAUCGUAAACGAAAAAGGGAAUAUCAACCGGUGGGUUGCAAAAAAUAAAACAUUGAAAAUAAAGCAGAAUAAAAUAAAAAUAUAUAUAUUUACACAGUGUAGCAUUUUUGAGGAAAUUUGUAAAAAAAAUAUCUAUAUUUUAAAUAAAUCAAUCGUAAUGGUUUAAUUAAAUAUCGAAGGUAAACAACAUACAAGUGUAAGGAGACGCAAAAUAAGUGCAGUGAAUACGAAUGUAGUGAAAAAGAUAACAAGAAUAAAAAAAACACGAAUAAAACUUUGUUCUCAAAA